UUAACGGGCGAAACAGCAGCCCGAGACUCUCUCUCUCUCUCCUUCCUCGUUCACGCCUGCAGAAACCGAGUCUCUCUCUCUCUCCUCGAUCGCGCCUCCAAGCAACCGAGUACUCCAAGCAAACACUUCAGCUGCCUGCAGAAACCCUAGCCAGUGGCGUCCGUUCUCUGUCGCCGUCUCCAAGUACGUUCUCCGUCGCUGUUCGUCAUCACCAUCGGCCGCAGUUCCAAGAUCAAGUCGAUUUGCUGAGAGUUUGAUCCCAAAUCAAGCUUUAUUUAUGUUGAUGAGGAGUGACUCAAAGCUUAUGUUUGCACAUUCUAUAUUUGUUGUUAAAGAUUCAUGUUUGAGGACUUUUCUGGAUUUAGGUCAUGGCUUUGUGGAAGAGACUGUGGCAGAAUGAUUUUGGGCCCUUCAUUGGGUGCCUUAUCCAUGCGAGGCUUUACAGAUCCAAGGUGGACCUAAGCAAGCUCAGGCCAAUGAUUCUAAAACGAAUCGAGAGCCGGGCCAAGGAAUACCCGGUGCGCGGUAUGGUGCCGGUCGCCCAGGAGGUCCUUAAGGCUCGAUCAGUCCUCUUCCAUGGCGUGUCCACUCUUCUCAAAGUCUUUCCCAUCAUGGCCUGCAAGUUCUGUCCGGAAGUAUAUAUUGGUGAGAAAGGUCACUUAAUUCAGACUUGCCACGGUUAUAAGCGUCGUGCCAAGAAUCGUGUUCAUGAAUGGAUCAGGGGUGGUGUGAAUGAUAUACUUGUUCCAGUAGAAACAUUCCAUCUACAGAACAUGUUCCAAGACGUUAUUAAACACCACCAGAGGUUUGAUUUUGACCGUGUUCCUGCAGUUGUUGAACUGUGCUUGCAGGCUGGAGCUUAUCCUAAUGAUGAAAAUCUAUACUCCAGCAGUACGAUUGAAUGUGUACAUGCUGGAAUUGAAGGAGCGGACUCAUUCUCGCCUCAUGAACAAAUGAUGGUUGCCAAUAGAACUUUCAAAGCAUGGGAGAUGCUCAGAAGUGGUGUACUGAAGUUGUUGUUGGUUUAUCCGGCAAAAGUCUGUAAAUACUGUUCAGAAGUCCAUGUUGGACCAUCUGGGCACAAGGCUAGGCUCUGUGGAGUAUUCAAGUAUGAGAGUUGGCGGGGAGGCCACUUUUGGAAGAAGGCAGAAGUAGAUGAUUUGGUACCUCCUAAGAUUGUAUGGAGACGGCGGCCUCAGGAUCCUCCUGUCCUUCUGGAUGCCCAUAGAGACUUUUAUGGCCAUGCACCAGCAGUGGUGGAUCUGUGUGCACAGGCUGGCGUUAUUUUACCAACCAAGUAUAAUUGUGCGAUGAAAGUGCAAGGUUUAUCAGGACCUGUUCAAUUCAAAGUUUGAAGCAUGAUAUAAGUUGAAUUCUUAGUGGGUUGGCUUCAGCGAACUUGAUCUGUACAUUGGGUAUAGCUCAAUCCACCCGGAGAGUGAUAUUUUGGGUCGCUCAUAAAAGGUUUAUUGGUAUGCACUUUUGCUUCCAGCAACAAAUUUUUUUAGCAUGGCCUAUAACCGAACCAGAAAUAGAAUAAUAGUUUUGAAUGAACCCAUAUAUGGUUUAAUUGUUAUGUUUGUACAUUUUUCUUGGUAUGGAUUUGAUAAUUAUCUACUGAUUUGCGAACCCCAAGUCCAUGUAAUGGAUGGUCCCCAAACAUAGCCACAACAGGACGUAGAGGUCUGCUUACAUCCGAUGAUAGAGAGGCAACCUAAGAGGCCUCGAAUGUUGAGAAGAAGAGCUACUGAUGAACAACCUAGUGGUUAUGAAGUGACCUAUGGCAAUUGUUAAGGUACAUCCCACAAUGGUAUACAUGAAUGUCCUGUACCUAUAAAAUCCUAAUGCAAGGGUGUCGCCUAAAAGAACGAAGAGGCCAAAGCAACAUUGCAUGUGAGUAAACCAACUUCUUCCCAGCCUAUGGAGCAAACCCAGGCUUUAGCUACUUCAACACAGUAGCUCAGGCAUGUAAGCGCACCACAACUUAUGGAAUGCUACCCCAUGGGUUAAAGCUAAGGUCAACAAGUGCAAUGAUUAUCUAUGAGCAAUCUAGUAGUGGGUUUUUUCUAGGAAGGUUAUUUUUGAAUUAUUGGAAUAGAUUGCAACAAAAGAGUAAGCACUAUUGGUGUUUUUGUUUGUUUGUUUGUUUUUUUUUUUCUUUAAAAGAUGGAGUUGUGAUGUUAGUUGAACAAUGGCCGGGGUACUUGAUAAUGCACUUUUUGAUGGUUGCCUUUUUGCUUGAUGGAAAUGUAAAGUUUAUUUGAACAAUGUGAUGUAAUAAUGCAUUCUGUCAUGUUUGUCUUUUUUGUAUAUAAAUGAAGUCUGCGAUGAUUGCAUCUU